AUGGAGUCGACAUAUCUUCAAAAGUGCCUUGGGACGUGUCUAACUCAAGGUCUUGCAGAAGUGGCGAGAAUUCGCCCAGUGGAUCCAAUAGAAUAUUUAGCAUUGUGGAUUUACAAAUAUAAGGAAAAUGUGACCAUGGAGCAGCUGAGACAGAAGGAAAUGGCCAGCCUGGAGCGUGAGAGAGAACUGGCUUUGAUAGAGCAGGAAAUGAUGGAGAGGCUCAAAGCAGAGGAGCUCCUGAUUCAGCAGCAACAGCUGGCAUUCCAGCUGGAGUUGGAAAUGCAAGAAAAAGAGAGACAAAGAGUAGAAGAACUACACAGAGCUCAGGAACAAUUAGAGAAGGAGAUGGGAAUGAAUAUAGAAAACAUACCUACGAGUGAAGAUAGUUCACAUUCAGAGGAUAUAACACCAGACUCAGGCAAAACGCUAGCUGAAAUUAGCGAUCGAUACGGGGCACCUAACCUGAGCAGAGUGGAAGAACUUGAUGAGCCAAUGCUAUCUGAUGUUGCAUUAAACAUUGAUCAAGAUUUGUAAGAUCAACCAACCCAAGAGCAAUACAUUUUUCUGCUUGUUUCAAGUUUCAAAACAUGAGG